CAGCCGAGCCGUCGCGGCAAGAAAGGAAGCGUUCAGGAGGUCCCUCAAGGGGCCAAAAAAAAAAAAACAAAAAAGAUCCAUAAGAAAAUUAAUACAUAAGCCAACACCUCCAGCAGUCCAACGAGUGCCGCUUUGGACAUCCCCACCGGAGAAGAGCUCCCGGCCUUGCGCUCUUUCCUCCCACCUGCAUCCAUCCAAACACCCCCCGAAUUCCGAGCCGUCUCUUGGAGAUCCCUCGCCGGACAUCGGAGCCCUUGAGCUCGCUCCUCCUCCUCCUCCUCUUCUCGCCGGGGCCGGCGAGAAGGCGAUGGUCUGACCCCUCCCUUUCGAUCCGGAGGACAGACGUCACAGGGAAGUGAUUACGAUGGGCUGUGCUGGAUCCACCCAGAGCAAAGGCGAAGAGAAUACUACCAGAAAACUCCGAAAGCCAAAACCAUGGAAGCAUAAUCAGCCAAUAACCAGGACUCAGCUUAUACAGAUGCGUGAUGAAUUUUGGGAUACAGCCCCACAUUACGGUGGCCAGAAAGAGAUUUGGGAUGCACUCCGAGCUGCAGCGGAAGCUGAUUUAACCCUUGCACAAGCAAUAGUGGACAGUGCUGGUAUAAUUGUUUCAAAUGUUGACAUGACUCUUUGUUAUGAUGAAAGAGGUGCUAAAUACGAAUUACCCAAGUAUGUUUUGAGUGAGCCAACAAAUUUGAUUCGGGAUAGUUGACCAAAUGAGGAGCCCAAGCAUGAAUACAUCAUCAUUGUAAAUCAUGUAAAUGACUCACCCUCCUCGUAUCUUUACUGGAAGGCCAGUUUAAGCUUCUGCUCAGCACUUUAAACUUGAACCAUUUUUCUUCUUAAGCUUUUAUCUGUAGCUGGAGUUCACUCGAUAAUGAACAGAAUACAAGCGUGCCCUGUGUAAUGGUCAAUUCAUCUGUUCCUACAUAUUACAUUCCAACUUGUUUUUAUUUUCUGGAUGUUAUUAUAUGCCUAUUGUGAGACAUGCUUACCCUUGGGAGUAGUUUUCAUGCAGUGAGUAAUGCAACGAAAUCUUGUAUAGUCAGAGUAUUCCUCUCAGAAUGUUGUUCUGCUUUAUCUAUUUAUUUAUUUUGUAAUUUAACCAGACAAAUGACGGUAUACUCUUGGUAGUUUCUUGUCACAUCAAACAAAUUUGCUGUGCUUAUGGUGGUCGACAGUAA